GCCGGAGCCAGCCCCACACCCCGCGCCACCCGCCAGACAGCCCCACCGGAGACCUGGCGACCGUUUGCUUCGAUUCUCUUGAUCUGAAGAUGGCUGCACAGUCAGCACCGAAGGUUGUGCUAAAGAGCACCACCAAGAUGUCUCUGAACGAGCGCUUUACUAACAUGCUGAAGAACAAACAGCCGAUGCCGGUGAAUAUUCGGGCUACCAUGCAGCAGCAGCAGCAGCUAGCCAGUGCCAGAAACAGAAGACUGGCCCAGCAGAUGGAGAAUAGACCUUCUGUCCAGGCUGCUUUGAAGCUUAAACAGAAGAGCUUAAAGCAACGCCUCGGUAAAAGUAACAUUCAGGCACGAUUAGGCCGGCCAGCGGGACCCCUUGCUCGCGGAGCAAUGGGGGGAAGAGGACUGUCUAUGGGGCAGAGAGGCUUGCCAAGAGGAGCCAUGCGUGGUGGCCGGGGAGCAAGAGCUCUGCUGAGAGGAGGAGUCCCACUCAGAGGUCAGAGCCUGCUUCGUGGAGGACGAGGUCUGUCCCCCAGGAUGGGCCUGAGAAGAGGUGGCAUUAGAGGUCGCGGUGGCCCCGGAAGAGGUGGUCUAGGCAGAGGCGCCAUGGGCCGCGGAGGACUUGGUGGCAGAGGUCGCGGCAUGGCAGGCCGGGGACGAGGGGGCUUCGGAGGUCGUGGCAGAGGACGAGGACGAGGAAGAGGAUCGGCACGUCCUGCGUUGACCAAGGAGCAGCUGGACAACCAGUUAGAUGCUUACAUGUCUAAAACGAAAGGACACCUCGAUGCUGAGCUGGAUGCUUACAUGGCUCAGACAGACCCGGAAACGAACGACUGAAGGUCGUUCCCAGAGACUCUUGUUGAAGUUAGUGUGUUAUGUCGAUGCCCGUAAGCUAAAAAAGGAAACCCUGAUUCACGCUGGAAGGACCCGCAGGAAUAGGGAGUGGCCCUGUUCUCCCGAGAGAUCAGACUUUAGUGUGUUCCUUUAACCUUUUGAUACUCUCUGUAUGAAACCUUUUUUUUGGAUUGUUUUUUUAUAUCUUUUUUUCUUUCCCUGAGUACUCCAAAUGUGAAUGUGACAGAACUGCUGCAGUUAAUCCGCUGACAUCAGCGCUGGCGACUCGCCGCCCAGCGCGCACGCCUGCAUUAGGUGAAGUGCUCAUCGGUGCUGGGAUCGCCUGUUCAUGUGCCUCUUGAGCUCCACAGUUGCGUUUUGGGAUCGGCCCUGUCCCCAAGCGUGACCGAAGGGCCGAGUUCACGCCUGCCGUUCAGUUUUUAACCCAUCUAAAGCAAAAAACAACCCGCAGCAGGCCAGGUUUAGGUGUAGUGCUCCUUCUAGGCACGCCAGUCUUGUUCUGCACCAAAAUGUCGUCUUUUGGUACCCAGCGUUCCGUUAAUGCUUAGUGCAGAGUGCUUCCUAGCUUGAAAACUUCCUUGGUUUGAUUUUUUUUCCCCGUUUUUUAGCUAAAAGUUUUAAUUUCUUUUGCAUAGUGUUUGAACAGAUGUGGUGGCACCAGUGGUUUCUGUAUCUGCAAGAAAACAAGUGUUUAUUGAAAAGAAUUGGGAGCAGGAAUGUAAAAUUAACAGCUGUGACGACAAAGCGUGGUAGAACUGUCUCUUUUUAGUACACGGGGUCCAAAAUUCAUCUUUUACCUUUCGGUGUAACCAAAACUGCGUCCUCCGGUCAGACCAACUGCCUGCACUUACCCCACGGGUUUGGGAAGGGGUCUGUUCCUCCCCCUGCCCUCUCCUCAAGUUUUAAGUUCAGCCAUUCUGUGAACUGUUCCAGUUUCAAUGGAAUCUUGUAUUUCUGGUUUGUUGUAACAAAGGAGAAAUAAUUAUAAAAGCGAUGUGGACUCUG